AUGAGGGGAAGAUCAGAUGGAGGGAAAAAGAAGCCAGUGAUUGUUUUGGUCUGCGUUGCAGCGGUGGUUCUUGUUUUUGUAUAUCUCUUCUUUGGCUCCUCUGACCAUAAAGCAUCAGCUAUUGAGUAUGGGAGGAAGCUCGGUUUGGGUGGUGAUGAUGAAGAGAGCAAGAAGGAUGACACUUCUAGCUCGUUUUAUGUAGACGAUGAUCCCAAUGGUUUCACACCAAGAAGCUUUCCUGUGUGUGAUGAUCGCCACUCGGAGCUUAUUCCUUGCUUAGACAGGAAUCUGAUAUACCAAAUGAGGUUGAAGCUGGACUUGUCUUUGAUGGAGCAUUAUGAACGCCAUUGUCCUCCUCCUGAAAGGAGGUUUAACUGUUUGAUUCCUCCUCCUCCAGGGUACAAGAUUCCAAUCAAGUGGCCGAAAAGCAGAGACGAAGUGUGGAAAGUGAACAUUCCUCACACUCACCUUGCGCAUGAGAAGUCUGACCAGAACUGGAUGGUUGUCAAAGGAGAGAAAAUCAACUUCCCUGGUGGAGGCACGCAUUUUCACUACGGUGCUGAUAAGUACAUUGCAUCAAUGGCAAAUAUGCUCAAAUUCCCAAACAACAUUCUGAACAAUGGAGGAAGGCUGAGGACGUUUCUUGAUGUGGGAUGUGGUGUUGCAAGUUUCGGAGGCUAUCUUCUUGCAUCAGAUAUUAUGACAAUGUCAUUAGCACCAAACGACGUGCAUCAGAACCAAAUCCAGUUUGCUCUCGAGAGAGGGAUCCCUGCGUACCUCGGCGUUCUAGGGACAAAGAGGCUCCCAUACCCAAGCAGAUCAUUUGAGCUCGCACAUUGUUCACGUUGCAGAAUCGAUUGGCUUCAGAGAGACGGCAUCCUUCUUCUCGAGCUAGACAGGGUGCUAAGACCCGGCGGCUACUUUGCAUACUCAUCUCCAGAAGCGUAUGCGCAAGACGAAGAGGAUCUUAGAAUAUGGAGAGAAAUGAGCGCUUUAGUGGAGCGUAUGUGCUGGACGAUAGCUGCGAAACGGAAUCAAACUGUGAUCUGGCAAAAACCUUUGACAAACGAUUGUUAUUUGGGAAGAGAACCUGGAACACAGCCUCCUCUUUGCAACUCUGAUAACGACCCUGAUGCUGUUUACGGUGUUAACAUGGAAGCUUGCAUCACUCAGUACAAUGACCAUGACCACAGGAGCAAAGGAAGUGGAUUGGCUCCAUGGCCGGCUCGAUUAACCUCACCUCCUCCUCGGCUAGCUGAUUUCGGAUAUUCCGUCGACAUGUUUGAGAAGGAUACAGAAACAUGGAGGCAGAGAGUAGAUGCUUAUUGGGAUCUCUUGAGUCCUAAAAUCCAAUCAGACACUAUAAGGAACAUAAUGGACAUGAAAGCAAACAUGGGCUCCUUCGCUGCUGCUCUGAAGGAAAGAGAUGUUUGGGUUAUGAAUGUUGUUCCUGCAGACGGACCUAACACGCUUAAGCUAAUCUACGACAGAGGCUUAAUGGGCGCUGUUCAUAGCUGGUGUGAAGCGUUUUCGACUUACCCUAGGACUUAUGAUUUGCUCCAUGCUUGGGACAUCAUAUCUGAUAUCAAGAAGAGAGGUUGUAGUGCAGAGGAUUUGCUUUUGGAGAUGGAUCGUAUACUUCGUCCUAGCGGUUUCAUACUCAUAAGGGACAAACAGUCUGUGGUUGAUCUUGUGAAGAAGUAUCUCAAGGCUUUGCAUUGGGAAGCAUCGGAAACCAAGACAGCUCCGGAUUCAGAGCAAGACACGGACAAUGUGAUACUCAUUGUCCAGAAGAAGCUUUGGUUGACUAGUGAAAGCCUCAGAGAUUUGGAGUGA